CAGUUGUCAGCUAUGUAUUACGCAUAUGAAAUUAUCCAAAUGUCAAAUUCCGAACUCCAAAUUUACUUCAUUUUUGAACAAUAUUAACAUUAUUGUUUACCUGAACAUUUUCAUGAUUAAUUCUAUUAUAUUCUUUUCUUGAUUACUUUUUUUAAUUGUUGCAAAAUGGAUAAGUUAAAACGUGUAUUGAGUGGAAACGAUGAAACAACAAACGAUGAGAACCGCGGUAUCAUGGGUGAUAUUGAUGAGUUUACUACGCUUAGUUGGUCGACGCGGUUAAGGGGUUUCUGUGUAUGCUUCGUUAUUGGAAUAAUAUUUUCGUUGCUGGGAUCGCUUAUGUUACUUCUGCAUUUCGGAAUGACACGGUUUGCCAUCUUCUAUACUUUAGGGAAUGUUGUCUCAAUGGCUAGUACGUGUUUUUUAGUCGGCCCGAUGAAGCAGAUGAAAAAUAUGUUUUCUGAAAAGAGAUUUAUAGCCUCAAUCAUUGUGAUAAUUUCGUUCAUCUGUACUUUAAUGGCGGCUAUUUGGUUCAAAAAAGGUUUACUUGCGCUUGUGUGCAUUGUCAUUCAAUCGAUUGCCAUGACCUGGUAUUCAUUGUCUUACAUUCCUUAUGCAAGAUCAGCGGUCAAAAACGCUCUCAACACUUGUAUCGCGUAACGUGAAAAUAUGAUGAAUUGUUUCGAAAUACUUUCGUCACUAGAACAUAAUAGCAAAUAGGUUUGUCGUUAGUUGAUGAAUUCUUGCAUUCUUUUGACUUAGCGAGUGAUUAAUGAAAAAUCUUGAUGAAAAUCGACAAUGUUAAAGAGGUUUUGCAUCGUACAGUUAUAAGUUUACUGCAAAAUAAACCACCCCCCCCCCCCCCCAAAAAGGCAUUUCUUUGAAUCAAUAUAUUCUCAAAACUAUUUGGAUAAUCUUUAGGCAGGAGUUUCAAAAUAUUUUAAGCACCAUAUAUAUAAAAAAAUUAUUUAAAGUGUCUGAUAAUUCUCUGCUAAUUUUAUUUGUUACUGAAUCACGAAGGGGUCAAAAUCCGUCCAAAUAUUGUAUCGUCUCUUUUAAAAAUUACAAAGCUAAAUUUCGCACAGUUAGUAUUAUUUUUAUUGGUUCUAAUAUAAGAUCUAUAAAAUAAAAACCUUAUUACUUCAAAUCGACAAUUCUCUAAAUACAUUAUAAUAUUUCAUUUCAACUUCUCCAAUAAAAUGUAUAUGUAUGUAUUACACUUAUAUGUAUGUAUUAUGCCGUGUUUUGGUCAAAUUGCAUAUUAAAAUAAAUCUAUAAUUUAACAUCCAUUGCUUUCAUAAAAAUCAAUAGAACAUUUGAAAAUAAAGCAUGCCCCAUACAGUUUUGUUACGGCAAUCUUUUACUCUUCAGCUUA